CAUGCAAGCGACGCCCAGCGACGAAGCGGCUAAACUAACUUGUGCGUGCGAACGGCAUCCCUUGCGCGUGCGCCCUUACGGCAAUAGUGUGUUUGGAGACGGCGAAGGUACUAGCAGCGGCCUGAGUCCCCGAUUUCGUCUCAACGGGCGCGGCCGGCUCUACCCCAUAUAGCCCUCUCGUGUCGACGAUGAACCGUCCCUCAAUAGUUCUAUCGGAGGUGGAAUCCAGCAGCGUGCGUACGAUGACAGUCGGUCCACCGUUCAUCCAUUGGAUUCUGGUGGAAGAAAGCUAGUGCCAGUGAAGCAAGCAGCAGUCCGACGAACGUCUCAGGCCGACGCAGCCAAUCGGCGAUUGGCCCCUGUUUGUUGGGGUGGAGGGCGGAGCGUCGCUCUCGGCGAAGUCCCGCCCUCCAGGAGCACAGCCAGUCAUGGGUAUCGGUCGACCUCAGGCGUCGACAAAGACCAAGACAACGACGGCUGCAUAGUGGAACAUAGGGUGAGAGACAAUAAUGCUUGUUUAGCCCAAGUAUUGUUUGUGAAGUGUUCAAACAGAAUAGACCUGAGUAUGCUGAUGUUGCUGGUGCUGCCACCGCCGGAUUCGCUCUAUCCUUUCCCUCUUCUUUCUACCCUGUGUGGGUUCUUAUAAUACAUAGGCCCAGAGAGCGUCGACUACCGAAUUAAUAACGAGCCAACCUGCGGUGGUUCUAGGUUUCUUCUACCCAGAAAACACAGCGUAUAGACAUUUACUGUACGCCGAUCACAACUGUGCGUGUCUGGCACCGCGAAAAAUCACCGUUGCAGCGGCCGUCAUUGCCGCGAGUCCUCACACUCCUGUCACCGGUGGCCGCAGCGGCAGCCGCAGCGGCAGCAGCAGCAGCAGAAGAAAACGACAACGAGACUAGGGUAUCUUGAGAACCUAUUCAUACUCUGCUGUCCUCCGUCACCCAUCUGAAUCAUCACUAGCGUUCGUCAGUGACAUUGGCGAAUGCCCCGCGACAGCCGUGUGGAACACAAGUAGCGUGAACGUAACGUAGUAGCUUAGACUCAACAGGAAAAAUAUCGUGGUGGCCUACCGCGGUGGCAGAAGUCCUACGGCGCCUCGAUGGAUGAUGCUGCUCAACGUGUCUAUGAAUGAGUAAGUGCCACGACGCUCGGUGAAGUCGACCGUUCCGUCGUGUACUCGACGGCAGUCGGAAUUCGUUGCCGUAGUAGGCUUGUGAUGCAGUUCAAUGAGGGAAUAUUACUAAUACACGCUCUACUGUUACUUCAGCAUUGAUUAUGUUAAGUUAAAUCAGGUGGCCAUAACACAACCCCAUUGAAGCUAGAGACUUUACAUCUGCUCAAAAACGUGUAUAUAUAUAUAUAUAUAUAUAUAUAUAUAUAAAAAAUCGUAUUAAUUUCCCCGGUAGUUCGACAUGUAUGUUGUGCACCACUGCGAAAUAGUCGAACGUGCUGGCGGAACCAGGAAGAAAGCAUCUUGCAGUAGCUAUAACAUCAUCAACGUCAUAGCCAGCCUUCUUCUUAGUGCAACUGCCCCUACCGCAGUUGACAAUAAACAUGUACUGAAUGAAAAUAUGAUCUUUAAUUAGCGCCAGAUCUACUCGCGACUGUCACGUCAGCGGCGUCAUGUACGCUACGUCAGCUCUGCCUCACCCGCUUCGUUGAGCGUCUGCAAGCGAUCAUCGUGAUUACGUUCUACUUUCGUCAUACUGGAAUAUAAUUGUCAGCGCGUUAGACACAGCCGGCAAAGCGUACCGGAGCCGAGAGCCAACACUCGUCCGGAAUCAGCUGUACUCAUCGACUACACGUAACAAGCAAAAAUACAACAAGGACACUUGCAGUGUAUGCCUGUGUAUACAGGCAAAAAAAUGACAGUUGAUAAUACCUAGCACCGAGUCCAUUUCUUACUGUCAUUGAUGGUGAAAUUAAAGGAUAGCUGGCAGUUACAAUUGAUUUCUACAUAUUAUAGUUACCGGGUGAACAGUUAACGGCGAAGUUCCCUCCUACCUAAUUAAGUUGAAUCUCGUUCAAAAUCAUUUACUGAUUCUGUCUGAUCUCAAGCUGUCAUCAAUUGUCAACAGAGUGGUUCCGCUCUUAUCGUGCUUUCGAGGUCGUUGCUGUGCUCGGUUACAAUAACUGGGGCAAAAUGUUUUGUCGGCAAUCCGUGACACAUGUGUGGGUGUUAUUGACGUUGGUCAGCCAGGCCAUGGCCUGCGCUCCGGGUCGAUCCGGCUACCAGCGCCGGGUACCCAGAAGACUCACCCCGCUCGUGGUCAAGCAAUACGUCCCAAACACAGCGGAACAGAACGAGAUCGCAGCUGGCCGCGCAAAAGGUGCGAUUUCACGGACAUCUAUGGCGUUCCGCAAACUGGUGCCAAACUACAAUACUGAUAUUCGCUUUCUGGACGACGAAGGAACGGGUGCAGACAGGAUUAUGACUCAGAGAUGCAGAGAUAAGCUAGACACUCUGGCAGUGUCUGUUAUGACGCAAUGGCCCGGUGUUAAGCUCCGCGUAAUCGAGUCGUGGGACGAGUACUCGCAUCACAAAAGUGGUUCUUUACAUUACGAGGGCAGAGCGGUGGAUUUCACGACGGACGAUCGUCACCAGGCCAAAUAUGGAAUGCUCGCGAGACUCGCCGUGGAAGCAGGCUUCGAUUGGGUCUAUUAUGAAACGAAAAGACAUGUACACGCUUCAGUGAAGCCUGAUUCGAUAAACGAGCGCAAGACAGCCAGCUGCUUCGAGCGAUCGUCCAUCGUACAAACCCGCAAUGGCCCUCGGCCAAUGUCUGCGCUUCGUAUUCAAGACGAAGUUCUUUCGUACAACAGUGACGAAGGCAUAUUGGAGUAUUCACCAGUCAUCACGUUUUUAGAUCGCGACCCGACCCGCAAAGAGCUGUUUAUUAAAAUCAAGACUGAAUUUGGUGAACAGCUAAUACUCACACGGUAUCAUCUCGUCUACCGACAGGAGUAUGACGAACGACCCAGCGUCACGUACGCCGCUCGCAUUUUACCAGGGGACAAAAUCCUAGUGUUGCCAAAUGUCGAAAAUGUUACAAGUCCUACGGAAUUCGCUGAUUCUUCGGAAUAUGCUAAAGCACCUCUGGGCAAACUCCGUCCGACAAAGGUUCUCGCUGUACAUUACGUUCGAUCGAGGGGGGUUUACGCGCCGCUGACGACAACAGGAACCAUCGUCGUCAACGGUGUCGUCUCCUCGUGUUACGCUCUAGUCAAUGAUCAUCAACUUGCGCAUCGGGCAUUUGCACCAAUACGGUUAUUGUACAAGCCGAUGUUUCUGAUACGUCAAUGGCUCAGCUGGUUACGAGAGAUCAUUGGGAACAAACAACAACAGAAGUUUGACCAAAAACAGGACAAGGACGCUAUGCCCGCGCCCUCGGAAACCGAUCGCAAAAAGCCGUCCCCACUAGGGAAAUUCGCACAGGCUCUCUUUGGUAGCUUGCCAGUAAACGCAACCGAUUAUGAUGUCGAGUCAGUGUGGACUACAAGUAGUGACUUCGUCCGCGCUGACGGCGAAGAUUUGGAUGAUCCUGUAGAUGAGUACACAGCCUCAUUCCGUGGGGUCCAUUGGUACGCAGCCUUACUGUAUUAUCUCUUUCAGUCAACUCUCACUAGUUAUAUGCCAUAAAGGGCAAAAGAAGCUUAUCAAGCAAUGGAGUUCAGUUACGCCUUGCCGUGUGACCCACUGAUUUGUUUUUGGCGACUUUCUGAGAGAGAGAUUUAUUCAUUCGGAUUUUUUCACGCUAAUUAAACAUAGCAUGCUGUUGUCCACAAUGGCGGGAAGGUGCAGCUAAAUACAACAACAACAACAACAGUAACAGUAAAAUUAUGCAACUGGACCAACGAAAUUCCUAAUCUUUCACAAAGCGAACGCAUCACAUUAGCCCGGUUCACAUAUAACCAUCUAUUUAUAUAUUUAUGCAUCAUUUCCGAAACAACCAGUUUGUUCGCAGGGAAAAGUUACGCCCGCUUGCCCAGCAGGUGGCGCGUGUGUGGGUUUGUGUUUCACAAAGACAUAUUGACACAGUUCAGUAACGUCUAUUUGUAUGGUUCGUAUUGCUUUAGCAGCCCGAGCAAAUGGGUUGUCAAAAUGCUACCUCUCGGUGAGUCUCAUGAUUGGUACGCUACGUACACAUCCAUGUGUUGACCCCAUGCUUGUUUUAUGCUCUUGGUUUCUAUAUAUUAUGUAAGUUCUAGCUCUAGAUGAAAUUUACAUACGAAAAUUACACCCCGUUAGAAAUGUGUUUGCACGUACUCUUUACGUACAUGAAAUGAAAAAUCCAAUAGAUCCAUUUGCUAGCUCAUGUUUGUAGUUAAUUCAUUGAGCACAGUAUUGUUUAUUAGGUGCACGACAUAGCAUACAUGAUCGUAUGAGGUCGAUUAUCCCUAUGCUUGGAAAAUGCGAGGAAAAAUCGUACUGAUCUUGAUCAUCGAUCUUUUAACUCUAAAAUUGAACAGCCAGUCCAGAACCGCUUUCUUGUACUAUGUAAAUGGUCAGUCAGUUGACAGUGAAUAAUCCUUUGAUGGAGCAAACCUGCCUUCAUUAACGUGAACGGAUAUGAGCUAGUAAGCGAACCAAUACGAUGUUUUUUUACGAUUUUAUGUUUAAUUAGCGAGUUCAUGUGCUAUUUAGGGAUAGCCAACGAGAAGACUGUAGCGAUGUCAUGUUGUCCUGCUACGAUGACGCAAAAAGAAACCGAUUUAACCCUGCAACCCCUUCCUACAAGUGUUUUUGCCCGUUUUCUAGUCGUCUCCAGUGCUCAUACAUACCUAGUUAGAGAGAAAUCUCGAAGCAUCUGUACCGGAGAACCCUUCGUACGAAGAUUUGUUUAGUUCGCAAAUGACUGCUAGCCUUAUAGGGCAUCGCCUUCUUCGCCAAUUCGCUCAAUAUAACAACAAGCAUAAUUCGCUCUCUAACAAAAACUGCAGCCUUCAUUACAACAACGUUAUUGUAAACCUAAGUAAAUGCAUUUAAGGCCAUGGUAUGGUUAGAAAUUUUAUUUUUAAACUCUUUGAUUUAACCUAGUCGAUCUUUUCUAGUACUAUUUCUAGUAAAAAAAAAAAAGAAAGAAAAGCAAUUUUUCUCAUUUAAAACAAUCAUAAGUAAUCCUAAUUGGAAAUGCAGAUUUUUACACGGCGAAUCAAUAACAGAAGGUGCUGGCUAGCUAUAAAUUAGUUCGACGACCAAAUGUAUAUAUCAUGUCGAAUUCAAUCCUAGAGUUUCUUCUUCUAUGUGUAUAUACAUCUUUAUUUACAAUGAAUAACCUAAAUAAAUAUAUCGUGUUUGUGUGUACAUACAUAUCGAUAGGCUUAAGCCGAAUUCCUCAAGCUGAUUAUUAAUACAAAUAUAGAAAGAGAGGUAUAUAAAUACGUCGUGAGGAAACUUCAACUUGAAUAGCACCAACAGAAAGCGGAAAGUUCAAAUUUUAAAGGAAUGUUCUACAAAGGAUAGCCGAACACCGCGCACGAUUCUACCUUAAACAGCCCAACCGUAAACAUGCAGUGUGUUCAUGCAGGGAGGCCGGGCUAUAUGUGCUCGUAUAUGGAAAUAUGAUGACUAUACAGGCUGACUGACUUUUAAAUGUUAAUACUCCUGUAAAGCCUCUCGAGCACCUCACUAGGUUCUAUUUAGGCCUGAACAUGGCAGGUUCACACAUCAGCAUGCAAGGUUAUUAUAGACAGAACAAAGAAGCUGAUGGAUUUAUUUAUUCAAGCAAGAUGCAGAGAGAGGAAGACAUAUGGACGAACGAUAGAGAAGUAUAUAUAUAAAUAUAUAAAUAUAUACAUAUAUAUAUAUAUAUACAUACAUAUAUAUAUACAUACAUACAACUCAUUAGAUACAACAAUGGAUGCUAAACAUGC